CGUAUUCGUAAAUUCCUACCAAAACGACAACGGCCCAAUCCCCUCGCUCCCUGGCCCGUCCGCUAUAUACUGGGACAUCUUCCUCCCACCCCACCUCCUCCAUCCUCUGUUCCGCCUGCUCGUGCGACAGGUCUUCUCUCUCCUCCCCUCCCCUAGCUCCCCCCUCCCUUUCCCGAAGCCUCCAUCGCACAGCACCGUGCAGCCGUUGCUAUGGCGCAAAAGACGACCCUCAAGCAGUUCGAGUCGGUGUACCCGAAGCUGGAAGCGGCCAUCCUCGACCAUGCUCGCUCCUACAAGCUGCCCGAGGCCGAGCUGAGCUGGCUCAAGAAGAACCUCGAGGUCAACCCCCUAGGCGGCAAGUGCAACCGCGGCAUGUCCGUCCCUGACUCAGUCUCCCUCCUCCUCGGCAAGCCUCUCGACGAGGAGCAGUACUUCCAGGCCGCGACCCUAGGCUGGAUGACGGAGCUGCUCCAGGCCUUCUUCCUCGUCUCCGACGACAUCAUGGAUAGCAGCAUCACGCGCCGUGGCCAGCCCUGCUGGUAUCGCCAAGAAGGCGUCGGUAUGAUCGCCAUCAACGACGCCUUCAUCCUCGAGUCAGGCAUCUACAUAUUGCUCAAGAAGUACUUUCGCUCCCACCCCAGCUACAUUGACCUCGUCGAGCUCUUCCAUGAGACCACCUUCCAGACCGAGCUCGGUCAGCUCUGCGACCUUCUUACCGCCCCCGAGGACAAGGUCAACCUCGACAACUUCUCCAUGACAAAGUACAAGUUCAUCGUCAUCUACAAGACUGCCUACUAUUCCUUCUACCUCCCCGUCGCCCUCGCCCUCCACCAGCUGGGCUUUGCCACUCCCAAGAACCUCAAGCAGGCCGAGGACAUCCUGAUCCCCCUCGGCGAGUACUUUCAGAUCCAGGACGACUACCUCGACAACUUUGGCCUCCCCGAGCACAUCGGCAAGAUCGGCACCGACAUCAAGGACAACAAGUGCUCCUGGCUCGUCAACCAGGCCCUCGAGAUUGCCACUCCCGAGCAGCGCAAGAUCCUCGAGGACAACUACGGUCAAAAAGACGACGCUAAGGAGGCCGUCAUCAAGAAGCUCUUUGACGACAUGAAGCUCAAGGAGCGCUACCAAGAAUUCGAGGAGCGCCGCGCCAACGAGAUCCGCGCCAUGAUCAACGGCGUCGACGAGAGCGAGGGCCUCAAGAAGGAGAUUUUCACCGCUUUCCUCGACAAGAUUUACAAGCGCAGCAAGUAAGCGUAGCGCAUGGGGACCAGUUGGUGCCGUGGGGGCCGGCACAUGGACGUGAUGCAGUCACGAGUGAUAGAAUAUAGAUACAGAGACGAUAAUGUGAAGAUGCCAAAAAGUCUGUAAAUAGUUGAGCACUGUUUCGGGCUUCACUUGUACCGCGGUAGGCAAUGUUCUUGUCGCGUCAAUCGGGAUAUCAUUCUUAGCGCCUAUGGACUCCUGCUAGCUGUCUCAAUGGAUGCUCUUGCCAUACCUCUCUCUCGUUCGGAAAUCCAGUCCAAUCCAAAAUCCCAAGCCAGCAAACCUAAAAAAAAAAUCCGUGUCCGACGUACAGAAAAGCACAUCCAGAUCCAUCCUUUUCAACCCCACCAAGCAGAAGAGAAAAGCAUUACAAAGCA